AUGACCGGAGAGAAGCUGCGCUCGCUGCGCAGGGAUCACAAGCCCAGCAAGGAGGACGGGGACCUGCUGGCUCCCGGGGAGGAGGAGGCGGCCGCCGCACCCGGAGGCAUCUUUACUGGUGGCCGGGGAAGCAGCGGGAAGGGCGGCAGGGCUGGGGGCCACCGGAUCUUCAGCAACCACCACCACCGGCUGCCGCUGAAGGCGGGGGGGCCGGCGGGCGGCGGGACGGGCCCUCCCGCCGAGCCCGACAAGUGCGCGGCGCAUUUCCCCGUCCACGAGUGCGUCUUCAAGGGGGACGUGAGGCGGCUGUCGGCCCUCAUCCGCACCCAGGGCAUCGGCCAGAAGGACAGUCACGGAAACACUCCUUUACACCUUGCUGUGAUGUUGGGACAUAAAGAAUGUGCCCAUUUGCUUUUAGCCCACAAUGCUCCAGUAAAGGUGAAAAAUGCUCAGGGAUGGAGCCCUCUUGCAGAAGCCAUCAGCUAUGGAGACAGACAAAUGAUUACAGCACUCCUAAGGAAGCUCAAACAGCAGUCCAGGGAAAGUGUUGAAGAAAAACGACCUCGAUUGUUAAAAGCCCUGAAAGAGCUAGGUGACUUCUAUCUAGAGCUUCACUGGGAUUUUCAAAGUUGGGUGCCUUUACUUUCCCGAAUUCUGCCUUCUGAUGCAUGUAAAAUACACAAACAAGGUAUAAAUAUCAGGCUGGACACAACUCUGAUAGACUUUACUGACAUGAAGUGCCAACGAGGGGAUUUAAGCUUCAUUUUUAACGGUGACGCCGCACCCUCUGAAUCUUUUGUAGUUUUAGACAAUGAACAAAAAGUUUACCAGCGAAUCCACCAUGAGGAAUCUGAGAUGGAAACAGAAGAGGAGGUGGACAUUUUGAUGAGCAGUGAUAUUUACUCAGCAACAUUAUCAACCAAAUCCAUCACCUUCACCCAUGCCCAGACUGGGUGGCUCUUUCGAGAGGACAAAACAGAAAGAGUAGGGAACUUCUUGGCAGAUUUCUACUUGGUGAAUGGCCUGGUGUUAGAAUCAAGGAAGAGGAGAGAACACCUCAGUGAGGAGGACAUCCUUCGAAACAAAGCUAUCAUGGAGAGCCUGAGUAAAGGUGGCAACUUGAUGGAGCAAAAUUUUGAGCCCGUCAGACGGCAGUCGCUGACUCCUCCAUCACCCAACACCAUCACCUGGGAGGAGUACAUAUCUGCUGAGAAUGGAAAAGCUCCUCACCUGGGCAGAGAGCUGGUCUGCAAAGAGAGCAAGAAAACCUUCAAAGCCACCAUAGCUAUGAGCCAGGAAUUUCCCUUAGGGAUCGAAUCGUUGUUGAAUGUUUUAGAAGUAAUUGCACCCUUCAAGCACUUUAACAAACUUAGAGAAUUUGUUCAGAUGAAGCUUCCACCAGGCUUUCCUGUCAAAUUAGAUAUCCCUGUCUUUCCCACCAUCACAGCCACUGUGACUUUCCAGGAGUUCCGUUAUGACGAGUUUGAUGACUCCAUCUUCACCAUUCCUGAGGACUACAAGGAGGACCCCAGCCGCUUCCCUGACCUCUAACUCAGCUGGAAGAAGGUUGAUGGGGAAGGCCCAACACC